UCAGAUUUCCAAAGGCUGUUCCGGUUACAAUCGCUUACAGAAAAAUGGGCGUCAUAAAGUCGAUGUUUCUCCUAAGCCUCUUGGCUAUCUCCUUUGUCCCGCGAGAAACUGAGGCUCAGGCCGUCCUUAAGCCUGAGUGGAGCAGGUUGGCCAAAUGCGGCCAGGUGGCGGUCGAGGUGCUCUCGAGUCUGGCGACCAAAACUAUUCCCACCAUCUAUCAACUGAAGAAAUGCUCUGGAUUCGUUGCCAUAGACGCUCCCAAUGGCAGGAUGAGGAUAACGUGGUAUCUGAGAAACAUUUACGAGUUCGGCAAGAGUUUGGUUAUCGACCAGCCCAAGUGCGUCGAGAAGCUUCUAACUUCAGUUGCCCUUCUUGUUAAGCCUUAUGCCGAGCAGAUCGCCGAAUUGGCUUGCUUGGAUGAGGAUGAUUUUAUUAUUUAAAUAAAGUAUACAAUGUACUUGGAAAAUUGCAAUAAAUGAAGAGAAUAAUUGAAUCUCCAAAUCAGAAAAAACAUCUCAUAGUAUUUAUUAAAAAUAAAAGAAAAAUGUAUUGUA